GGCAGGCGCCUCAGUCGACCGCCACCCUUCGCGACCGACGGUUCGUCGUCGCCGUUCUCCGUUUCUCGCCAGCGAGAGAGUCCAUCUUCCGCAUCUUCCAAAGUGCUACUAUCUCCUCCCGUCACAGCUCGCAAAAAUUACACGCUUUCGGAGAUCUCGUAUCAUUCUGGCCUCUCCAAGUGCAUCUCGUGCGAGCGAAAGGUGAACGGGGUGCGUGACCGCGCGUAGAGGGUGCGUUACAUCCCUCCCUCCCACUCUUUUGCUGACCCUCUGAAGUGCGAGUUAUCAUGCACCACCAUCGAGUUUGAGAAAUCUCUCAACGAAACGAUAAACCCCAGAGCAAAACUCGAAGCAGCAUCUCGAAGUCGUUUUCAAUAUCGGUCAAUGGGGUUAUUAAACGGCGACGCGAUGCGUCACCGGCGAUGGUGAGUAACGGAGGAAUGCACUCGUCAAAUGCCAGAAGAUCACUGACACGAUCGCACAUCCAACGUCCUCGCCGUCAUCAAUGAAGGGGUCGCUCAUCGAGCUCGUAGUAGAAAAUUCUUCGUAUAGGCAACGAUGAACGGACCAGUUUAUGCGUCAUCUUGUCCCGCAUUGCAGUCGAAUCUCUCGCUACAUAGCUCAUCCUAUUACAGCGAGUACAGCGGCACCGCGCGAAGACGGCUAUCCUCGACGGGUGAGGCGGACACUUCCGCCACCUCUAGCUACGAGGGUAGUGAUAGCUCCGAAAAUAGCGACGAGUCGCGUCUCGACCCUGUCAGUCAGAUGGAGCGAGAACAGCUCGAGACCUUCUUUCGCGGAUUAAAAUCGCAGGUAUUCGUCUGCGAAUCACUGGCGAACCUGUAUCUCGGUAGCGCCUCUCAGACUGAGAGGUGGGAGCUUCGUUUCACCGGGAUACCCGUGGUGGUUCUCGAUCUCGGUGAGACACGAUCAAGAUCUAAGAGACGGAUUCAAAUCUUACUGGCAGAACGCGGUACUUGCUUCACUCUCUGGCGCGAGACUAUCGACAAUCUCUCAUCGUACAAAGUGUCGGGACCGGCCUUUCACACCAUGUGUCUCUCGUCGGACCACACUCGUCUGGCCGGGCUUAGCUUCGACAACUCGAAGGCGGCGAACGAUCUCUGGCAGCACAUAGAGCGUCUCGUCUCCUGUCCGGAGAACAUCAGUCUAUCGGCGCCGGGAAAGAAGAAGAAGAAACCCGUGCAGAAGAAGAUCGUCCUGCCGGCUAAGAGCAACAUCAGCCAGCCGUGCCAGUUCCAACAUGUAACCAGCGUAGACGCGGCCGACCGAUCGCGUUACUUCUCGCUGCAAACCCUGGUGCCGGCGUUGAGCGAACUCGAGAACUCGCUGGAGGCGAACUUCUGAGACAAACCGGACGCCUCCAAGCUCUCGUAGAAACGACGUAGCGCGACGCCCGAUUCUCGCCGCUUUCUUCCCCGGAAGUGAUCCGGGAAAGAAGGACUCGCCCGAUUCGUGCGUGUGUGUGUGAAGGGUUCUCAAAGGAGGAAUCUGGCGUCGUGGAUAUGUCUUGAGAGAGCUAUCGUGAAUGAACGGGAGGCGAACGCUUAGAAAAUGACACCGCGGAUAUCCGAUCGGAAAUCCUUUUAUCUUUUUGCUCUUCCUCCGAAGUAAUUGUAGACGGUCUAGAGAGCCAAGUUGAAAGGAAGGAGGAGAGAUAUAUCGAUAAAGCUUUAACGACGAAAGGAAGGUGAAUAUAUACUUUUUUUUCUCCAAGAACCUUCGCGGUUCUGGAACCUCGUA